AGUUAACAUCGAAUGCUCGAUAGGCUCGUUUCUAAAUGUUUCGGUUUUUGUUUUUUUAAAUUUUUUUUAGCAUUGUCUUAGGACUUGCAGUCCCAAAUGAAAACUCUGCAUUCCUAAUCACUUAAUUGCGCGUACUUUUUGAUCAUUAAAAAUUCGUUGUAAAAUUCAAAUAAAUUUCACGUAUUCGAGAUGCUGAAAAGAACGGCAUUGGCUUUGGGCAGGAGUGUUAAGAAAUGCUUAGCUGCAUGCAAAGGCACGAUGCAGCAGCCAAUCACCAUCUUUAGCAGCUGCAGUCUCAACAACACUGUCAACGAGCAAUACAAGACGAAACUGGAGCCGUUGGAUAAGCGUAAACUGCAAACGUUAUGCAAGAGUUGGCAGACAGAUCUUACACUGGACAUAGAUGACACAGGCUUGUGUGACUGUUCGGCCGACAACUUAUUUCUUCAGCAUUAUUUGGUCAGCUCAUAUGUGGCCGCUUGUAAGGGCGCCCAGGAGGUGCAGUUUGUCAAGGAUUUCCGGAUCAACAACUGCAAUUUGCCCUUGCCUUUUCGAGUCACCGCUAGAAAUAUUCAUACCCUAACAUCGAAGACAUUAGACUUGACGAUUCGUGCAAAUCCAUUAAAGACCAUUAUCCCCAAGAAGAAGAAGGAUAGUUCGCUCAAAGUGAUCAGGGAGGUAAAACCCCUUAAGAACUAUAGUUCCCCAGCUCUUGACAAGGAUUUCUCGUACUAUCUGAACCUGCAGAAGGCCAACAAGAUCCAGAAAGAUGACAAAACAAUCGAGAAAGUGCCCGAUAAUAAGAAGGACAUCGAUCAAAUAUGGAUGAAUCCACAAUUCAGACGCCAACAAGAAACCAUGUCAAAAUGUGGCAAGGACGACAAGAAAGAAGAGAAAAAAAGUGGCAAGGAAUGCAAGGAAACGGAUAACAAAAAGAUAAAGGAGAAAUCAAUGGACCAAAUCUGUAAGCUUAGAGAAGAGUGCUCGAAAGCGGAGAAGAAAAUCCGGGCCGAAAUGUUCCUGAGAAUGUGUAAGGCGCGGGCCGAGAAGCAACAGUGUACACGACAGGGUAAAGGGGAUGUGAAGAAAGCACUUCGAAAGAAAUGCAAGAAACAGGUGCAAGAUUUAAAGUGCAAGGGCAAGGAUGCUAAGGAUGUAAAGAAGGAACUGCGAAAGAAGUGCAAGAAAAUGGUGGAAGAUUUAAAGUGCACGAAAAUGGCCGAAUCAGCGAAAUGCAACAAAGGUGACUCAAAGGAAAACCCCCAGAAGCAGGCAGAACAAGCAAAGUGCAAGGAUCAAAAGCUCAAGUGUCAAGCGGCUAAAUUGAGAGAGCUCCAGAAGGCUUGCCAGGAAUUAGCCGACAAGAUCAAAUGCGCCAAGGAGGCCAAGAGAAAGGAGCUGAUAGAAGCCUGCAAGGCGCUGGUCGAAAAUGAUCGACUGGCCAAAGAAAAGAAGCAGAAGGCUGAAAGCAAGGCAGGAGGCGAUUCCUGCGAAACAAAGAAGCAAGUAAAAUGCGGCGACAAUCCCGACUACAAGAAAAAACUCGAAGCCGAACGAUAUCUACGAAGGCAAUGCGCAAGAUUGGCCGAACAGAGCAGAUGCAGGAAAAUCCGGGAACAGUACAACUUGGAGAAGAGAGCAGCUGAACUAAAGAAGCAAUGCGCAAUAGUGGCCAAUGCGAAUAAAUGGAGCGCGCUGGACGAACCGAAUAAAGCCAAGGAACAAGCGCAACUGGGGACAUGCCAGAAGCCCGAAGAGGAGAAGAAUCAGUGCGCAAAGUCUGCUCCCUCCAAGUAGAAUGCCAAGUCCACCAAAAACAGGCAAACAAAAGUCAACAAGAGCGAGUGACCCAAAAGUAAAAAGAGGCAAAAACUGAAGGAUGCCGGAGCCAGAAAUUCGACAUGUGAAGAAUGUUCCAUAGAUUUCAUUACCAAUGUCGUUGAACGCUAAUUCUACCUGAUUCUCUGAGUGAAAAAAAAGAGAGCAAAAUAUGGAACGUUCCUCGUUAGAUUUUAAAAUAAUAACAUAUGCGUUUUAUUACGAGAA